AUUUAUACAGGUUUUUUAACACAAACUUUAUUUUAGGAGUAGGAAGCAACUAACAUAUUACUUAUUUUCAUAUCGAUUAAAUUAUGAAUCUACUUUUAUAAUUUCUCUGUAUAUACAGGCUAAUUCGAAUAACAAGGAACUAAAUUAGUGUUUGACAUAAUGGAUAUAGUUAACAGACUGAUUUUUAGUCUAACAUUAGUGUUACAAUUUAUAAAAUAUGAAACCUUGGGAAACUUAGUAAUAAAUGCAGAUGAAACGAAUUAUUUAAUGAAAUAUGGUUAUAUACCUCCGGAAUCAUCAGGUAGUGCUGCAUACAGAACAGAGGAGUUCUAUAAAGACGCAGUCAAAAACUUCCAGAUGAUGGCCAAUCUACCUGUUACAGGUGUUCUUGACACAUCUACAAAGGAGAUGAUGAAGCGCCCAAGGUGUGGCGUCAAGGACGAUAUGCAAGGAACGUCUGAUAAUGCCAAGAGAAAGAAACGAUACGCUUUACAUGGCAGUAAAUGGUCAAAGCACUAUUUAACAUAUAAAAUAUCCAAAUAUGGUUCAAAGAUAAAGAAAGCAGAUGUCGACAGGGAAAUACACAAUGCAUUUCAAGUUUGGAGCGAAGUUUCACCUUUAACGUUUACUAGGAAAUACUCCGGACCAGUGGAUAUUGAUAUACGAUUUGAAAAAUAUUGGCAUGGCGAUAAUAACCCAUUUGAUGGUAAAGGUCAAACAUUAGCUCAUGCUUUCUUCCCACAGUUCGGAGGAGACGCCCACUUUGAUGAUGAUGAACCAUGGACUAUUAAUCUUCCCGACGGUGUGGAUUUUUUUCAAGUUGCAACACACGAAUUCGGACAUUCCUUAGGACUGGCACAUUCCAACAUUUACAGUGCGUUAAUGGCACCGUUUUAUAAAGGCCACACAAAAGAUUUCAAACUUGGAAGGGAUGAUGUAGCUGCCAUACAAGCAUUAUAUGGAACACCAAAGAACACACCAACGCCUACACUACCAACGACAACUACCACAACCACUACCACUACAACGAUGAAACCAUGGAAACCGGUGAAACCAUGGAAACCAAUGAAAGACCAAAACAUGAUUCCCAAACCAAUGACACCAAAACCAACCACUACAGACAGAAUUACUACUACAUCUAAAAGUCCAGUUGUGCAAAUCCCACACAUAUGUAGACAUGCUUAUAUAGACGCCAUAACAAGACUGAAAAAUGGCGAAACUUAUAUCUUCAAAGGAAAACAUUAUUAUCGUUUAACACGAUAUGGUAUCGUCCGAGGUUUUCCGAGGAGAAUAUCACGGGAUUUCAAAGGUGUAGAGGGACCAAUAGAUUCCGCUAUUACAUGGGACAAUGGAUAUACCUAUAUUUUUAAGGAUGAUGUUUAUUGGAAGUUUGAGAACACCAAGAGAAUAUAUGGUCCUAAAAAGAUAUCUGUUGGGUUCAGUGGAGUGCCUGCUGGUAUAGAUGCUGCUGUGGUCUGGAGCGGUAAUGGUAAAACUUAUUUCUUCAAAGAUGGUUAUUAUUGGAGAUACUCUGGGAGAAAGGUAGAGUACGGGUAUCCCCGACCAGUGUCGGUAUGGAGAGGUUUACCAAAGAAGAUAACUGCAGCUUUUAAGUGGGAGAAUGGAAGGACAUACUUUUUCAGCGGCGAGAAAUAUUACAGAUAUAAUGAUCAUCUUUUUACAGUUGACGCCACAUACCCAAGAUCAGUUGCUACAUGGUGGUUAGGAUGUCCAAAUCAAGGUGAAAUGACAGACAUAAGAAACCCUUACAUACAAGAUGACAAAGGACAAUCAGAGAAAAAUGAUAAAGAUGAACAAUGGUUGGUUAUAGAAGAUGACGGAACAACCUACAUGGACGCACAUAAUAACAUUAAUUCUGCUUCCAAAUAUAGUACGUCUUUAACUUUUAUUAUUAGCUUGUUAAUAGUGCUCUGUAAUAUUCAUUUGUGAUGAUGAAUUGAAAAAUAUUUAAAAAUUAUAAACGGGUACUAAUUACAUUCCAUGUUCAACGAACCCAGUCUAAGGGAGAUAAAUCCAGCAUUAUUUUAUAGCUACAGGUCUGCUGUGAAAUAUUCCCAAGUUCCUCAAGUUAAUCAUUAGGUUGUUCGCAUUAGUUUGUUUUUAAUAUUCCUAUGUGGAGUUAGCGUGUAAACAGGCUAGUUGUCAUGUUCAUGUAUAUUUAAAAGGUUAAGAGUAUACAUACAGAACAUGAAUGGCAAACUAUGGUCAAUAUUCUUCAAUAUUUCGUUAUUUUCUAUAGUUUGUUUUGAUGAUAAAAUAUCAUAAAGGGAAUUAAAUCUAAAAGGCUUAUAAAAUGAAAAUGGUUUACUUCUUUCAUUUUAAAAUCCUUUGUUUUCCGGUGAAAUCUGUCUGUCUCUUAAUAUGGUGGGGUUACUUAUGACUGGCCCAUUUAUCGUGUACAUAUUAGCUUUGGGUCCUAGUCCAAGCCAUUCUAUGUAAGGUCUGAAAUUACUACUUUCGUCGAUCAGCGAUCCAGGAUCCGAGACUAUAGUGGAAUAUGUUGUUCAUAUGUAUUUUAUUUCAUUAUAAGACAUCAACCGGUUGUAGCAUUUUACUUAUCAGUAGUAGUUGGUUUUGAUUUUGUUUGUAUAUAUUGAUGAAAUGGACUUAAUUAUAUUGUAGAUAAUGCUUGUUAUUUAUUUUGAGACAUUCAUACAAAAUGUAGUGACCUGUUAUUUAUUUAAAAAUGAACCAUCAACCCACAAAAUAGGAUUAAAUCUUUUAGAAAAUAGCUCUAUUUUGAAUUGUGAAAGAUGUAUGAAAGUUAAUCUGUCAAAAGUGUGUCCAAACCAGCUAUAAUAAAUAUAGAAACCUUUCUUAUUGAUGGAAAUAUAAAGUAUAUUGAACAAUCUGACUUGUAUCUUUAAACCUUUCUUAAUCAUCAAUCUAAAGGUUGAGAGUGAAAUGUUUCUUUAUUUAUAUACCUUUUUAUACCUUUUUUUAUACCUAAACCUUCAUUUCCUUCGAAAAGUUAUCAAUUGUGCCAUAUUUAGAAUACAUGAAAAAAAGACAUUUUAGGAAUAUAAGUCAUGUCUGUAUGUUGUUAGCAAGGAUUCCAUUGUUAUUACAUUUACCUGUUAUUUUACCAUUUGUGAUUUGUUUGUAUUUCAUGAUUACAAGUGGGAUUUAUAUAACAUUUAUAUAUUGGGAUUUCGUAUGCGAUUUAUACAUUUGUAAUGAUUACAUGUGUUUUGUUAAUGUUUUGAUUAUAUUUGUGGUUUGGUUGUAUGUUAUGCUAUAUGUGGUUUGAUUGUAUGUUCUGAUAUUUGUAAUUUGUUUAUAUAGUUAUAAUGAGAUAAAUGAUUUGUUCGUUAUGAUUCGAUAUAUAAUUUUGUUAUUGUAAUGAUUACUGACUGUUUGUAUGAAAGAGUUUCAUGUGUGAUAUGUUUUUUACGAGUACACGUGUGAUAUGUUUGUAUGUUAAAAGUACACGUGUGAUAUGUUUGUAUAUUAUGACUAUAUGUGUGAUUGGUUGGUAUAUUAUGAUUAUAUGUGUGAUUAGUUUGUAUGUAAUUAUUUCAUGUGUGAUACAUUUGUAUGUGUGUUUUUCAUGAUUACACGUGUGAUAUGUGUGUAAAUUAUGAAUAUAUGUGUGAUUGGUUUGUAUGUUAUGAUUAUAUAUCUGAUGAGUUUGCAUGUUAUGCUUAAAUGUCGGAUUUGAUCGUAUGUUAUGAUUACAUGUGUGACUUAAAUUGCAUUUAGACAUCAUCAUUACACAUGGCUCUUUGUUUUUGAUAUAUGUGAUUUAUUGAUAUUUUGAAUUUUAUUUUGUUAUAUGAUAUAACUGUUUUUAUACAUCAUUUUUAUAUGUAUGUUGUAAGAUAGAAAUUAAUAUGCAUAAUAAGUGCUACUGAGGUAAUGAAUGUACAAAGAAAAGGAAACAAUCAGUGUUUUUUAAAAAUCAUUAGAUAUACAAAAGUUUUAAAUAUGUGCCAUGAAUUUUGUAAUAAAAUGUGUGAAUCAAUAGUACAACUGUACAAAUACUCCUCAUUUAUAUCAUACCAUUAAAUGUUAUCCCUA